AUGACAUCGCUCGACAGCGCCAUCGGCGGCAUGGACCCGGAUGAAACGGUGGCCUUCUCGGACAGCGAGACGGCCCAACCAGCGGGCAAUGAGACGGCUUCGCAAACGCAAAACACGAUGGGCAAAGCCCAGUUCGAUCGCGUAUUCCAAUGCAACGUUGAAGGCUGCGAGAAGAGCUAUUCUCGUGCGGGACAUCUGUAUCGCCAUCAACUAAACCGCAUGUUCACCAUCUCCUCGAAACAAUCUUGA